GUGUUGAGGGUGGCAAGAUUAGGGUGGGAGAUGACAUAAGUCGUGUCGUCAGCAAAGAGAAUGGGGUUCCCAAUGUUAUAUUCCCAUAAUAGGUCUGCUUCAGUGUUCCUUGUUUCAUAUAUUCUUAUGUAAGCUGUCAGUGGCCUUGAUAAACCCAACAAAGACAGAAAGAACAACAACGAGAACUUCCUCUGUAGAUAAAUCUUCGUAAGAACGGCGUAUGCUGUCAGUGGCCCUGAAACCCAACAGAAGAAGAAGAAGAACAAUCUUUGUAAGACUCAAGAAUGUGGGGUCUUGUAUUUGGUAUGAUAGCAUUUGUGGUCUUUGCUCUGUCUUUCAUGGCAGUAUUGUUUGGCUACAUAUACAGGCUACGUGUAUGCUAUGCAGGCUCGGUGGUUAACAUGAAAGGCAAGACUGUGAUAAUCACCGGCGCAUCUGCUGGUAUUGGAAAGGAGGCGGCACAGGACUUGGCAGUUCGUGGUGCUCGUGUCAUCCUUGCUUGUCGAAAUCUUGAAAAAGCUGCAAAAGUUGCUGAUGAGAUUCAGUUGUGUUCAGGAAACAAACAAGUAUUAGUGAAGGAACUGGACACGUCCUCCCUGACGUCUGUUAGGGCAUUUACUGACAAAAUUCGUGCUGAGGAACCCAGAAUAGAUGUGCUUGUACUGAAUGCUGGUAUUGGAGGUCCAGAUAACAAAAUCCUUACAGAGGAUGGCCUUGAACUGACCAUGGCGACCAACCACUUUGGUCAUUUUCUUCUUGCUAACCGUUUGUUAGGUUUGUUGAAGGAAAGUAGUCCUAGUCGAGUGGUGGUGACUUCAUCAAUGGCCCAUGCCAAUCUCAAAACACUAGACAUAAAGAACCUGACUUAUGAAAAGAGUAAAUAUUCACCAUUUCAUGCCUACAGCCAAUCAAAAGCCUGCAACAUUUUGUUCACCAAGUAUUUAGCUGAAAUGCUAAAAGGAACUGGGGUGGUGGUGAAUGCACUUUGCCCAGGCCUUGUGAGAACAGAUAUCUUCCAAAAGUCUGGUGGCUUCUAUAUUGGCAAGAUCUUUAGAGUCCUUGCUCCAAUUAUGGGAAAGACUGCAUUGCAAGGUGCCCAGACUAUUAUUCAUCUGGCAAUCUCAGAGGAAGCUGCUACUAUUUCAGGAAAAUUCUUUGAGAAUUGUAAGGUGUCAGACAACGUAUCAGAACUGGUUUGUGAUAUAGGGUUGGCCAAGAAAUUGUGGGAGGCCAGUGAAGAUUAUGUUAAUCUCCAGCCUGAGGAACACUACAAGUUCUAUUAAUACAACUUUACAUAUUCAACAUAAGUGACCAAUGAGAAAUAUCACAAAUUUAAAUUCUAAACAAAUAUAGGGGUAAAGUCAUUACGUCUGUUACUGCAUUUUCUAGGUAUAGAACGUUCUGAUGUAUUGGUCUGCAAAUUUUAUUAAAUUUAUGUAUUAUUAAAAUGGGAAAGCACUAACCCCUAGGAUUCAUAGAGUACCUGGGGAAUGAAAGAUAUGUAAUCAGAUUUUAUCAAAGGAAUGGUACACUAGUUCCACUCCCUUUACCAAAGAGCACUUCAUCAGCAUAAUUUUACGUAGCAUAGCAUAAUCUUAUCCAGCCUUUUGGCUUAGCGCUUCUUUUUGAUUAUAAUAAUAAUUAUCCAGCCUUUAUAGGAUAAGGCUGAAUUUAGUUCAUAUAUAGCCCUUCAUCAUUAAAAUAUACUCCUAGAGGAGGGCCCUUGAUACUGGCGAGGAGCUCUUGAUCUAAUGAAUUAAACCCGUCCGUACCUUCCUUAGGUCAAACCCGAUUCCAUCCGUUUCCCCAGGUGCUGUAUGACCUCUGUAGGGAUAGGGUUUCCUCAUAAAUAUGUUAUUAUAAAAAAGAUGCGCUAAACCCACUUGGGUAAUACAGCGCUGCAUAAAUAUAAUAGUGGUAAUAAAAUACAUUAUAAUGUGAAUGUUUAUUUUGUGAUGUUCUGACUGAUUUUUGCUAAGAUUAUUAUAAUAAACACUUCGCUUGUUAAGUAAAUUGAUUGUUGCCUAAUAGCCAAGUUUAUAAAUUCACAAGACAUUUGCAUGUUUCUCUGCUCUAGUAGUGUAUAUACAGGUGAAUAAUGUAGAGUAUACUGGAAAAAAUAAGUUGUACAAAAUAGCAUGUGGUACAAUAAAAAUGAUUUUGAA